UACAAGAAGAAAAGGAGAAAGAAACCCAACAGCUUGUCGGUGCCUUCGGCCGCUUUGGAAGAUGUCAUCUCAAACUAAGUUCAAGAAAGACAAAGAGAUCAUCGCGGAGUACGAAGCUCAAAUCAAAGAGAUCCGCACGCAGCUGGUGGAGCAGUUCAAAUGCCUGGAGCAGCAGUCGGAGUCGCGGCUGCAGCUGCUACAGGAUCUCCAAGAGUUCUUCCGCAGGAAGGCCGAGAUCGAGUUGGAGUACUCCCGCAGCCUGGAGAAGCUGGCUGAACGCUUCUCCUCCAAGAUCCGCAGCUCCCGGGAGCACCAGUUCAAGAAGGACCAGUACCUCCUGUCGCCUGUGAACUGCUGGUACCUGGUCCUGCACCAGACCCGGCGGGAGAGCCGAGACCACGCCACCCUCAACGACAUCUUCAUGAACAAUGUCAUUGUCCGCCUCUCCCAGAUCAGCGAGGAUGUCAUCAGGCUGUUCAAGAAGAGCAAAGAGAUUGGCCUGCAGAUGCACGAGGAGCUCUUGAAGGUCACCAAUGAACUCUACACGGUCAUGAAAACCUACCACAUGUACCACGCGGAGAGCAUCAGCGCCGAGAGCAAACUGAAGGAGGCAGAAAAGCAGGAGGAGAAGCAGUUCAACAAGUCGGGAGAGCUCAGCAUGAACCUGCUGCGGCAUGAGGACCGGCCCCAGCGCCGCAGCUCUGUGAAGAAGAUCGAGAAGAUGAAGGAGAAGAGGCAGGCAAAGUACUCGGAGAACAAGCUCAAGUGCACCAAAGCCCGCAACGACUACCUGCUGAACCUGGCAGCCGCCAAUGCAGCCAUCAGCAAGUACUACAUCCAUGACGUCUCGGACCUGAUCGAUUGCUGUGACCUGGGCUUCCAUGCCAGCCUGGCCCGCACCUUCCGCACCUACCUCUCGGCGGAAUAUAACCUGGAGACGUCGCGCCAUGAGGGCCUGGACACCAUUGAGAGCGCCGUGGACAGCCUGGACUCCCGGAGCGACAAGCACACAGUGAUGGACAUGUGCAACCAGGUCUUCUGCCCACCACUCAAGUUCGAGUUCCAGCCCCACAUGGGGGAUGAGGUGUGCCAGGUCAGUGCCCAACAGCCCGUGCAGACAGAAUUGCUCAUGCGGCACCACCAGCUGCAGUCCAGACUGGCCACACUCAGGAUUGAGAACGAGGAGGUGAGGAAGACCCUGGACGCCACCAUGCAGACCCUGCAGGACAUGCUGACUGUGGAGGACUUCGACGUCUCUGACGCUUUCCAGCACAGCCGCUCCACCGAGUCCGUCAAGUCGGCCGCCUCCGAGACAUACAUGAGCAAGAUCAACAUCGCCAAGAGACGAGCCAACCAGCAGGAGACGGAGAUGUUCUACUUCACGAAAUUCAAGGAGUAUGUGAAUGGCAGUAAUCUCAUCACCAAGCUCCAAGCCAAGCAUGACUUGCUCAAGCAGACGCUGGGUGAGGGGGAGAGAGCGGAGUGCGGCACCACCAGGCCCCCCUGCCUUCCCCCUAAACCACAGAAAAUGAGGAGACCUAGGCCUCUCUCAGUGUAUAGCCAUAAGCUCUUUAACGGCAGUAUGGAAGCGUUCAUUAAGGACUCAGGCCAAGCCAUACCGCUCGUGGUGGAGAGCUGCAUCCGAUACAUCAACCUGUAUGGACUGCAGCAGCAGGGCAUCUUCCGGGUGCCCGGGUCUCAGGUCGAGGUCAACGACAUCAAAAACUCUUUUGAGAGAGGUGAAGACCCCCUGGUGGACGACCAGAACGAGCGUGAUAUCAACUCUGUCGCCGGCGUUUUAAAACUGUAUUUCCGAGGACUGGAAAACCCACUCUUUCCUAAGGAAAGGUUUCAGGAUUUGAUAUCCACUAUUAAACUGGAGACCCCGGCGGAGAGGGUGCACCAGAUCCAGCAGAUCCUUGUCACCCUGCCCCGCGUGGUCAUCGUGGUCAUGAGAUACCUCUUCGCCUUCCUCAACCACCUCUCCCAGUACAGCGACGAGAACAUGAUGGAUCCCUACAACCUGGCCAUCUGCUUCGGGCCCACUCUCAUGCACAUCCCCGAUGGGCAGGACCCCGUGUCCUGCCAGGCCCACGUGAACGAAGUCAUCAAGACCAUCAUCAUCCAUCAUGAAGCCAUCUUCCCCAGCCCUCGGGAGCUGGAGGGCCCUGUGUAUGAGAAGUGCAUGGCCGGAGGCGAGGAGUACUGUGACAGCCCUCACAGCGAGCCGGGCACCAUUGACGAAGUUGACCAUGACAAUGGCACUGAGCCGCAUACCAGCGAUGAAGAAGUGGAGCAGAUUGAGGCCAUUGCCAAGUUUGACUACGUGGGCCGGUCCCCACGGGAGCUGUCUUUCAAGAAGGGGGCCUCGCUGCUGCUAUACCACCGUGCAUCCGAGGACUGGUGGGAGGGCCGGCACAACGGUGUCGACGGGCUCAUCCCGCACCAGUACAUCGUGGUACAGGACAUGGACGAUGCCUUCUCCGACAGCCUGAGCCAGAAAGCAGACAGCGAGGCAAGCAGCGGGCCCUUGCUGGACGACAAGGCCUCCUCUAAGAACGACCUGCAAUCUCCGACAGAACACAUCUCUGACUAUGGCUUUGGUGGUGUAAUGGGCCGGGUGCGGUUACGAUCCGAUGGAGCGGCCAUCCCCAGGCGUAGAAGCGGGGGCGACACACAUAGCCCACCCCGCGGCCUGGGCCCCAGCAUAGACACGCCACCCCGGGCCGCCGCCUGCCCCAGCAGCCCCCACAAGCUCCCCCUCACCCGGGGGAGGAUCGAGAGCCCCGAGAAGCGGCGGAUGGCGACAUUUGGGAGCGCUGGCAGCAUCAACUACCCCGACAAGAAGGCGCUGUCCGAAGGGCACUCCGUGAGGUCGACCUGCGGCUCCACGCGGCACAGCAGCCUGGGGGACCACAGGUCCCUGGAGGCUGAGGCCCUGGCAGAAGACAUCGAGAAGACCAUGAGCACGGCCCUGCAUGAGCUGCGGGAGCUGGAGCGGCAGAACACGGUGAAGCAGGCGCCCGACGUGGUGCUGGACACCCUGGAGCCCCUGAAGAACCCCCCGGGGCCCGUCAGCUCGGAGCCCGCCAGCCCGCUGCACACCAUCGUCAUCCGGGACCCCGACGCCGCCAUGCGCCGCAGCAGCAGCAGCUCCUCCACCGAGAUGAUGACCACCUUCAAGCCGGCGCUGUCCAGCCGCCUGGCCGGCGCGCAGCUGCGCCCGCCGCCUGUGCGGCCCGUGCGGCCCGCCGUGCAGCACCGCUCCAGCAGCAGCAGCAGCUCGGGAGUCAGCAGCCCCGCCGUGACGCCCACCGAGAAGAUGUUCCCCAACAGCUCCGCCACCACGGACAAGUCCGGCACCAUGUGA